AUGGUGCACGCUAAGCUGUUGCUUAUUUUCGCUCUUACGAUUUUUUAUCUUGAAGGACUUCAUGGACAUGGAAUGCUUAUGGAACCCGUGAAUAGAGGAAGUGCUUGGAGAAAGGGAUUUAAGACACCUGUCAAUUACGACGAUGAUGGAAACUACUGUGGUGGCUUAUUUGUGCAAAUAAAUAAUGGUGGCAAAUGCGGUCUUUGCGGCGAUGAUUAUAAGAUGCCGCAGCCUAGGCCAAACGAAAAUGGUGGAAGAUAUGGAACUGGUACUAUUGUAAAGACCUACAAGGCUGGAGAAAUGAUUGAACUGGUGGCUAGAUUAACUGCAAAUCAUAUGGGUUAUUUUCAAUAUUCUAUCUGUCCCUUAAAUCACAAUAAAGAGUUAGAAACCGAAGAAUGCUUUGCCACGUAUCCGUUGAAAUUGUCGGACGGCAGCAAUAAAUAUGUCCUGAAGAGCUCUAAGAGCGGGGAAUAUCAGAUGAAUGCCUAUCUACCCGCAGGUCUCACCUGUGAACACUGUGUUCUCAGAUGGGAAUACAUUGCCGGAAACAAUUGGGGCAAGUGCGAAGAUGGCACACAUAAACAAGGCUGCGGACCUCAAGAAACGUUCAAGUCUUGCUCCGAUAUUCGUAUCGUAUCGUAAUUAUCUUCUACCGAG